CAGAUAUAUAAGCAGGGCCGGUGUUGACCAGAGCAGCACUCGACGCCCAACUCCUCAACAUGAAGCUUGUGAUCAUCGCCGCCCUCGUCGCCGUGGCCUUCGCCGCCCCUGACAGAACCUAUGCCACCCCUGACUCCGGAUCCAGCGAGGAGGCAGAGAUCCUGCAGCACGACUUUGUUCUUGAGGAUGACGGCAGGUACAACCUGGACGUGAAGACCAGCAACGGUAUCUCUAUCUCCCAACAUGGUAGUCCAGACGGCCCCGAGGGCGCCGUGGUCAAGAGCGGAGUGGUCUCCUACACCGCCCCUGACGGCACCCCCGUUGAGGUGAAGUUCGUCGCCAACGAGAACGGCUACCAGCCCGAGUCUGACCUGCUGCCCGUGGCCCCAGAGUUCCCCCACCCAAUCCCCGAUUUCGUGUUGGAACAGAUCGCUUUUGCUGCCGAGGAGGACCGCAACCGCUCUCCCGAGGACAGAUACACCUAUGCCUAAACACUUUCCAUCCUCUGGACGUCACAGGCCGAGUAAAGCUGCCCCUGAACUGACCACAGGAAACAUGUAAGACCAUGAAGAGUGACACCCAUCAGACAAACUGUGACUGUUUCCGUUGAUGUUCUGCGGGAGUCUUGUCGCUCUGGACGCAGUGCUGCGUCACGGGUGUUGUUUGUAUAAAUGCGUUUUAUUUAUUUAUAUCUAGAAUAAAAUCAUACUGUAAAUUGAUUGUUUUUAACAAUAUAUCCCUCAAAAUAUAAUUGAGAAUCUGA